AUGGAUGAAUCUUCGUCUGAGGAUGAGGAUCGAGGUCCUCCAAGAAAGCUUUUAAAGCCGAAAAGCAAAAAGUACAAGCAAAACUUUCGUCAAGAAUGGAUGAAAGAUCCGUCUUUUCAGCAAUGGCUUCUUCCUCUUAAACAUCAUGAAAGCGAACCAUCGUGCAAAGUGUGCUCGAAGAAAUUAACUUGUUCAAAAACUGCUUUGCAGCGACAUGGAGAGUCAAUCCAUCACAAGCAAGCUUAUGCAAAUGCAUCCAGACAGGUUAGCAUUUACACCAGCCUUCAAAACCAAGACAGCGCGAACGUAUAUAAGGAGAUCACAACGGCUCAAGUAGCAGCUUUUAUUGCCGCACACAACCUUCCCCUUAGACUGGCGCCGUUUCUGUUAGAUUUGAUAAAAGCAAGGUGUCCUAAAAAUAGUCAAGAAACAAACUGUCUUCGAAAGAUUGAGAUUGGUGCCACAAAAUGCACAAAUGUGAUUCGUCAAGGUAUCGGACUGCAUUAUGCACAAGAGUUGAUCGAUAUCUUGCGCCGCAUGAGAUACAGUAUAAUUCCAGAUGAGACGACGGAUGUUUCCUCAGAAAAGCAGUUGGCAGUAUGUGUAAUGUACGUUGACGAAACCGAUUUGUUACCAGUAACUAGAUUUUUGGAUAUUGUGGAGGUUGAUAACUCUGGAGCAAAUGGGUUAUACCAAGCGAUAAGAGCGAUUUUUCAGGAAAAAUUUAUUCCUCUUUCCAAUAUAAUUGGUUACUCGUCUGAUACUUGUAAUGUGAUGUUUGGAGAAAAUCUUAGUGUGUCCACUCUCCUGAAAAAAGACUUUCCACAUGUUACUGCUGUGAAAUGUAGUUGCCAUCUUAUUCAUUUGUGUGCUUCUCAUGCCUGCUUAAAACUUUCGAAAUCACUGGAAGAUUUGUGUAGAAAUAUCUAUUCGCACUUUAGUCGAUCAUCACUCCGUCAAAAGGAUUUUAAGCAGUUUCAAGAGUUUGUGGAAGCGCAACCCCACAAGAUGCUGAAACUUUCCCAGACAAGAUGGUUGUCUCUGGAGAGUUGCGUUAAUAGAAUUCUGGAGCAAUGGGAAGCUCUCCGUCUCUAUUUUAUUGCGUUUGUGGCUGAUGGCAAAGAUCCGUCUUAUACAACUGAUAGCAUUUUGAAUGCCUUGAAUAACAAGUUCGUGCUAGCGCAGUUAGAAUUCUUAAGUGCCCAGUUGAAACGUCUCAACGAAUUUAACACCAUGUUCCAGUCGACUGAACCGUUGUUACAUUACCUCAGAGAGGAAGUCACAAAGCUCCUGAAAGAUAUUCUUAGUGAUUUUAUUUCAAUGGACGUAGUCAGGAAAGAGGAUCCUUUCACUAUCGACCUGGAUUGCAUGAAUAUCAGAUUGCCUUUGGAUAAAGUGUAUAUGGGAAUCUUGGCUACAAAUACCUUGUUUGAACUGAAAGAUGAUCCGAAUGUACAGACAGUAAAGAAAGCUUGCGUAGAAUUCCUUGUUGAACUAGUCAAACAAAUAAGAUCGCGUUUUGACAUGAAAGAUCCAAUUUUCAAGUUGGUAGAAUUUCUUAUUCCAAGCAAUGCCGUUAAGUGUGUACCACCUUCGCUCAAUGAACUGUUCCUGACUCUACCAUACUUAGCUGAAGUAGCGGACGUUACCCGUGCUGACCAGGAGUGGAGAAAACAGGCUCUGGAAGAGCCAGAAGAAGUUGCCCCCGAAGAGACGUCAACUGUUUUUUUGCAAAAAAGGUUGAAUGCCAAAACUCUCAAUGGAACUCUUAAAUAUCCAAACCUCAAAAAAGUUGUUGCCUGCGUAAUGUCCCUGCCAUGUUCGAAUGCUUCAGUUGAACGAGUUUUUAGUCUGCUGAAGCUGAUUAAAACAGAUUUCAGGAACGCACUGAAGAGAGAGACACUUGUAGGUCUUAUGCAUGCUCAUGUGGGCAUGAAAGCCAAUGAUGUGCAUGCACAUCAAUUGGAGCUUAAUGCAGAGUUUGUUCGUGUGCUCAAAUCUGUCAAGAGCAAUGCUACUGACAGUGAGGCUGGUGAACUUAUUCGUGAACGUUUCAAGAAAGUCUGA